AUGGAGUCAGGUUCGGCGGUUCACGUUCAUCCUGUGGUGUUAGCAUCAAUUGUCGAUGCAUAUGAAAGACGUGCGGAAGGAUCAGAGAGGGUUAUCGGCACUCUUCUUGGGACUUGGGGAAAAGGGAUAAUCGAAGUUACUCAUUGCUACAGUGUUCUGCAUCAAGAAUCUGCGGUCGAUGUGUCUAUGGACAUAGAAUUCAAAAACAACAUGACCGUUCUCGAGCGCAAAGUAAACCCCUCUCAUAACAUUGUUGGGUGGUAUGCAACGGGGAAUGAAAUUCCGGAGACUCUCAAACUUAUCCAUCAAGAUGUUUACAUGCAGAAGUCAAAAAACGCAAUCUUUUUAAUGGUAGACACAAAUAUGACUAUCGGGGACAAAAUGGCCAUAAAAGCUUAUCUUUGCAGGAAGAUGGGUAUUCCUGGAGGAACACAGGGAUUUAUUUUUGUACCAGUAGAAGUAGAAGUCGAGUGCUACGGUGCAGAACGUUGUGCCGUUGAAAUGAUGGUUUCUUCUAUUGAUCCAAGGAGUAAAUUAGAACCUGAACUUGGAGAUGACAUGGUCUAUCUGUAUCAACUUUCACAACAUCUGCUCACUAUGUUGGAUCAGGUCAUUCGUUACGUUGAAAGUGUUAUCGAUAACAAAUGUCCAGCCGACCCCAAAAUCGGAAGGUCUAUAGCACAGUUAAUUUUCUCAAUCCCCAAAUUAGACCCUGAUCACUUGGAGCAAUUGAUCAAUUCAAGCUAUAAAGAUUUGCUGAUGAUCACUUAUCUCACUAAUCUUAUACGGACGCAUCUAAAGAUUUUAAAUUUGGCCCAGUGA